AUGGCAUCUACUGCAAGAGAGUAUAUUGAUGCUCGUAAAAAGAAUGGCAUGACGUGGGAGGAGUUUCGAGAACUUAAAUCCAAGAAAAAGGAAGAUGUCAACUUCUCUGAAGAUAGUAUGAUCGAGUACAGAAAACAACUCGAUCAAGAGCGUGACCAAAAACUGCAUAAUAAAAAGUCGUCGGGCAGUAGUAGUCAUAAACGUAAAAAGGAAAAGAAGAGCAAAUCCAAGAAAUCCAAAAAAAAGUCGAGCAAGAAGCGGUCGUAUAAAUCCGACGAAAGUGAAGAGUCUAUAUCUGAGACAGAUGGCUCUGCAGAGGAUACUGAUCAAAGCAGAGAUCGUAAACGUCGUAAUCGAAGUGAAGGGGAUUUGAAUCGUGAAAAGGAUCGUCGGGACCGUGGUCAUAGCAGAGAUCAUGAUCGUGAUCGAGACAAGAGCAGAGAUACAAAUCGGAUAAGCACUAGUCGUAGUCCACGGCGUGAACAUAAGCGACAGCAAUCUGCGAGUCCUGAGAACAAACCCCCAGCUCACCACACUAAAGAAGAAUCGCCAUACUCUUCAGAAAAGGAAAAAGUUUGA